CAUGCCAGAUAUUGCACUAAUGCAAGCAUAGGUGAAGCCCAGACAAAUUCUCACAAAUUCUCGACACUCCUUUAUGUCACCCAGACAGAUCUCAGAAGGUGUGGAAGAACAAGUAACCCCAAAGUUAUUGAAGAGUGAGCUUCUAUCUGCUGAUGUGAGUGCUGUUUGCUUCAGCCCCUGUUAGGACACCCGUGCUACCCGAGGGCAGCAUUUCUGCAGUCAGUCAACAUGGAUGUGAUUGCAGAUACCUCCAUAUUUUUGGGAAAAUUUCUAUAUGACUUUCUGGAAUCUUUGGUUUACAAGAUAAUUCCCAAGACGGAAAAGAAUGUUGCUGGAGAGAUUGUACUUAUAGCAGGAGCUGGAAGUGGACUUGGAAGGCAAUUGGCCACACAUUUUGCCGGGCUUGCAGCCAUUUUAGUUCUAUGGGACAUUAAUCAAGAAGACAAUGUGGAAACGUGUAGACUGGCCAAAGAAAAGGGUGGUGAGGAAGUGUUCCCCUGCAAGUGUGACUGUCGCAACAGACAAGAGGUCUGCAGAGUUGCUGACCAGGUCAGGAAAGAAGUUGGUGACGUGACCAUCCUCAUUAACAAUGCCAGCAUCGUCACAGGAAAGCUCUUCCUCAAUAUUCCAGAUCACAUGGUGGAAAAAUCCUUUCUUGUAAAUGCCAUCUCUCAUUUCUGGGUAAACCUCUUUCUUUAUCAUUUUCUUUUGUUGACUUACAAGGCCUUCCUUCCUGCCAUGAUUAGAAUUAACCAUGUGCACCUGGUUUGUAUUUCAAGUGUAGCAGGAGUAGCUGGUAUUAAUGGACUAUCAGAUUAUUCUGCAAGUAAAUUUGCAGCCUUUGGCUUGGCUGAAUCUCUCUCUUUUGAAUUAGCUACUCUAAAGAAAACUGGAAUUAAAACCACCAUCGUUUGCCCAUGUUUCAUCAACACUGGAAUGUUUCAGGGCUGUACAACCAAGUAUCCGUUUCUGUUACCAAUUCUGGAGCAGGAGUAUGUGGCCAAAGAAAUUUUAAAUGCUAUUUUGGAGGAACAAGUUUAUUUAAUGAUACACAAAUUUUUAUAUAUUGCAUUGAUUCUUAAACAAAUAAUGUCUCGAAAAAUGUUGAUUGCCUUUGGUGACUACCUUGGAGUGGACACUUGCACGGCUUCUUUCAAAAGGAGAAAGAAAACAAAUGAACUUUAGACUGAAACUGAAAGGAAACACCAAUAGCUUAAGCCUCAAACAUGGGAAUGAAAAAGUGUUAUAAGGAUGAACUAUUUGCAAUUCCUUGUAAUGCUUAAAGCAUCACAGUCUACCAAGGAUUACUGAAGCUUUCAACAGUGUCAAUUUUAUUUCCUGGACAUAGUUUACACACCAACUAUUUUUCUAAGCAUUCAAGUUAUCUAUCCAUUUUUUUUAGCUUCAUAAAUAAGGACAUUACAGUCUUUUCAAUGGACUUCGAACAUAAUAUGUUCAUAAAAACAUAUUAAUGCAAGUUGAUCCUAAUUUAAUUUUAAAAUAGGUAAUAUAUAAUACCUUUGAAAGAGAGAUAAUUAUAAAUAGUGACCUUAUAAAUCAGUUUUUUAUGUUGAUAAUUUUUCAACAUCAGCUUUAAAAAUACAUAUUAAUUUCAUAAUUAAGAAAAAUAAUAUUUACCUCACAAAGUAAAGGCAUAUUUGUGUUGCCUAUUCAUUCCUAGUAGAGUUGGAUGUUCAUAUCAAGGCCCUUAGUGGGAUUGAACCUGAAUAUUUGAUAAAAUAAAUCUGUCACUUAUUUUUAUUAUAUCCGAAUGUGUCAAACAACUUUUAGCUCUUUUACUCCACUAAAAAAAAAGUGUACAUUAGAAUCAUAUACACUACUGGUUUGAA